UGUUCCUCUCUGAUAGCCGCUGCCAUGUCCAACCGAACCCACCACCCGGAAGCUGACGAGGCUUUGGCAAAGAAGAAUAAGGAAGAGCCAUGUUUCGAGCUAUCAGGGAAACUUGCUGAAGAAACCACUAGAUACAAAGGCAUUACACUUCUCUUUAAUGAGCCACCGGAUGCUAGAAAACCCAAUGACAGAUGGAGACUUUAUGUUUUUAAGGAUGGUGAACCACUGAAUGAGCCACUUUGCAUCCAUCACCAAAGCUGUUAUCUAUUUGGACGUGAGAGAAAGAUCGCCGACAUUCCUACUGAUCAUCCGUCCUGCAGCAAACAACACGCUGUUAUUCAGUAUCGGGAGGUGGAAAAAGAGAAACCAUAUGGUAUGAUGGGUAAGAAGCAAGUGCGGCCUUACAUUAUGGAUCUUGGUAGUACCAAUAAGACUUACAUCAAUGGAAGUCCGAUUGAGCCGCAACGGUACUAUGAGCUUUUUGAGAAAGAUACCAUAAAAUUUGGCAACAGCAGCCGAGAGUACGUAUUGUUGCACGAGAGUUCUACUGAGUGA